GAGAAACACACAUUUUUAUUUUUUGGCUGUUGGUAUUUUUUUAAUAUCGUAUGUCCAUCCAGAAUUUAAAUACAUUUGACCCCUUUGCUGAUGCAAUCAAGGGUGCUGAUGAUGAUGUUCAAGACGGUCUUGUUCACAUAAGAAUUCAGCAGCGUAAUGGUCGCAAAACACUAACCACAGUCCAAGGUUUAUCUGCAGAAUAUGACCUGAAAAAAAUUGUGCGAUCAUGUAAAAAGGAAUUUGCAUGUAACGGCACUGUAAUUGAACAUCCCGAAUACGGAGAAGUUUUACAACUCCAGGGUGAUCAACGUGAAAACAUUUGCCAGUGGUUGACAAAGGUUGGUCUAGCCAAAUCUGAUCAAUUGAAAGUGCAUGGUUUCUAAACCUUUCACUCCUCAUCAAAAACAAGAAACCUCCACUAAAAGCCAGAACAACAACAACA